GUGACGUCACGUAGCGUCACGUGAAGGCGUCACGUGAAGCGCCGCGGGGCGCUGGCGGCCCCUGAUCCCCCGCUGCCGUUACCGCCGCAGGGAGCGGGCUGAAGAUGGCGGAGCUCUGCGGCCUCGGGGCCGCCGCCUCUCUUAGGGGAGACGCGGAGGAGCCCAAGCAGGGCUCGGUGCUGUUUCUUGGGGGCAAUGAGGUGAAGAGCAGCGCUGUGGUGAAGUACUCCUCGGCCCCUCCGCAGGCAGCCUUUGCCUGGCUGCAGGAGAAGACAGACCUGAAGCUGCCGCCUGCAAAUUGGUUACGUGAAAGUGCCAAGCUGGGACCUGCAGGCACGACUGUUCUGGGCAACAACAAGAAGAGCACACCGUUCUCGAGCUUUGGAAUGGCGUAUGACUUCAUUGACUCCAUUGGAAAUGAUGUGGAUGUUGUGUCUGAUUCAGAGAACAUUAAAAAACUUCUGAAGAUACCUUACAGCAAGUCACAUGUGAGCAUGGCAGUGCAUCGCAUUGGGAGGACGCUCUUGUUGGAUGAACUAGAUAUUCAAGAACUCUUCAUGAGAUCAUCUCAGACAGGGGACUGGACUUGGCUGAAGGAGUUUUAUCAAAGGCUAAUUGAUCAGAAGUGGCAAAGAAAAAAGAAGAGUAAAGAACACUGGUACCAGAAGGCUAUCCUUUCCAAAUUUUUGUAUUACAGCAUUAAUGGUGAUGGAGCUGCUCAGCCUGUUCCUUCCAGUUCAAAACAGCACGAGGAGGGUGCUGUUCCAGGUGAGAGCGAUGAAGCAGGAAGGGCCUCCUGGCCAGCUCCUUUUGAAAUGCCUUCUUCAUUAUCUGAAGAUCCAGGUGCCUCUAACCAGGGAAAUGUGCCUCUUGAACCCUCAUAUAUAGUGGGGCAUGUGGCCUCAGCCCCCAAAGAACAAAACCUGACUACUUUGUUCAAUGACGGGGAAAACAGUCAGGGACUUAAAAAUGACUUUGUUCGUAACAUCUUGUGGACCUUUGAAGAUAUCCACAUGUUAGUAGGAUCAAAUAUGCCUAUAUUUGGAGGUGGGAGAUACCCCGCUGUGAGCUUACGUCUCAGGGAUAACAACAAGCCAAUAAAUGUGUUAACAGGAAUUGACUAUUGGUUGGACAACUUAAUAUGCAAUGUACCAGAGCUUGUGAUGUGCUUUCACGUUAAUGGAAUUGUUCAGAAAUACGAAAUGAUCAAGACUGAAGAUAUUCCCAACUUGGAGAACUCUAAUUUCUCUACCAAAGUGAUAAAAGAUAUUGCUCAAAAUAUCUUAUCUUUUUUGAAAUCAAAUUGCACCAAAGAAGGACAUACAUACUGGUUAUUUAAGGCAAGUGGGAGUGAUAUAGUAAAACUCUAUGACCUAACAACCCUUUGUGAAGAAACAGAAGACAAAUACCAAAACCCUUUUACAAUGCCAGUGGCAAUUCUUCUAUACAAAGUUGCUUGCAAUAUGAUGCUGAAGAAAAACCAGAACAAGAAACACUAUGGCACUAUCAGAACAUUGCUUCUGAAUUGUCUUAAGUUACUGGACAAUGGCAGACAUCCUCAAGUAAGAGCAUUAUGUUCUUGUAUCUUUGUGUAAAGGCAGUGCUGGUCAGAUCCCUUCCUAUUUAGGCACCUAAUUCCAGAACUUGAAGCCUUAAAGCUAUUACUUAGUGUUUGUAUAGUCACAGAGACAUGUGGAGUCAGUAACUUAAGGUGGAAUGUAAACACUCAACAUAGAAUGGUUUGGGCUGGAGGGGAUCUUUAGGAUCAUCUAAUUCCACAGAUGAGUUCCAACUAGUUCCAACUUAAAAUUGCUGAUUCCAGUUCAAGAGCCAGAUGCCUAAAAGCAGGUCACUUUAAUGCAGUAUGUGGUCUGUUUUAGUUUGUUUUUCACUGGAUCUGACUCAAGUUUCCUAGCAGAUUUGAUGGCAUUAUGACUCAUCCCUGAGUCUCAAAAUUCCUCUGGUGAUACGAAUGUGACUGCUCUCUCAGCAAGAUUUCAAGCUUCAAGUAAACUUGUGGUAGAAAUCUUAAACCUUGAUGUAAGGAAUAUUUUGGGUUUUUGCUGGCAUAAUUAUCAGGUGUGUUUGUUCAUAAAUAAGCCUUUCUGCAAACACUACUUAAAGUGGGAGGCAAAAAUGUUUAUAUAGAAUGCAUACAUAUGUUUCUCAUCUUGCUGUGUUAAUCUUAGGUGUCAUUGCAGAGAAGUUCAGUGAAGCAGUCUUGGCCCCACUGCGUUUCAGGUGUUCAUGUUCUCCCUCUUGAGGGGGGAGGUAGGAGGUUAUGGAGUGAAGGAUGCAGGCCUGAGUAGUACAGCAGACUUAAGGAAGAAAUUAGUUUGAGCAUUGGUACCUCUUACCUCAAGACUUAUUUCUGCAUUAAAAAAUAGACCUGAGGGUGAGGAAACAGUGCUAGUUUUAGAUCGUAGAAUCUUGGUUCAUCACCAGUAUGCCUUGGAUUUCACCUCAUGUGCUAUGUAGGUGAAUCUUGCUGCGGCUAUAGGAUAGCUGUUAAGUGCCCAAUAUUUAGUGUUUCAUAAUUAUACAUGGUCAGAGUUUCAAAAUACAUUGAUAAUAUUAAAGCAUGCAAAUAAGUAAACCAAAGCAGCAGGAAGAAAGGAAAUGCAGACCUCUGAUUACUUAACUAUGCUGGGGAAAAGUGAAGGUGGGAGCUACUCUGGAAAGCAGAUUACAUUUUUUCCCAAACGAUAGCUGAAACAGAAAAGAUGUAAA